GGAAUCCCCCGAGUCAACCCCCGCACGUGGAUCGAAGGAACGGCGAUGCAGGCUAGUCCGUCAUCAACCCGUCCGAGCAGUCCUGCACCGUCAGAGCAUCCAUCGUAUCGGGCCGUUCGCCCAAAUCAACCUUCUUCGUUUCGCUUCAACUGGGAUGCAUCUAAACCACGCGGCCCAGGAAGCGUGACGUCUGACGCGAACGAGAGCCGCUUCGACCUUUCAACCAGUGAGUUCCACCCAACCCUUGGGAUCACGCAAUAUGCGUCUUCGGAGGUAUAUGGUCUAAACGGUCACGCGUUUGCACCAUUUUGGAGCUCAAGUACUCAAGGAUUCAAUGCCAUAUCGACCGUACUUAACAAUCCGAAGAAGGAUUCCGUUGCGCUUAAGCACUCGCGGGCUCCUUUUCCAUCCACAGUAUCCCCAGACCUGCCGCGGGUCCGCCGAAAGGACUUCGAUUCAUACCUCACGUCCAUUAGUUCGGAAUGGGAGAGGUUUAGACGUAGGGAUGCGAGGACUGAGAAUUCUUAUGCGCCUGCGCUGACCAAAGGAAAAACCAGAGAGGUUCCUUUUCUGACGACUGUGCCAGCCGUAUUUUUUGACCCAGAAUUUGAUUUGGGGAACCCGCGGACAUUCUAUGCGGUCACUGAGCAAGACUCUGCUUCAGGCUCAACAGUCAACCCCGAAGAUAUUUCAGUUAACCAAAUUCUUCAGGAAAAGCUUUCACGUUAUCUGGACAUUGUUGAGCAGCAUCUCACUAAUGAGAUACAAUCAAGAUCUACGUCUUUCUUCGCGGCCCUCUCAAAUCUCCAGGAUUUACAAACUGAAGGUGCCGACUGUCUCGAAAGAAUCGAGAACCUUCGGAAUCAACUGCGGGAAAUCGACGAUCGGAUCGCUCGAAAGGGCCUUAGUCUCACUGGAAUUCAGAAACAGGAAUCUAAUAUGAAGGUCAUUGAAAUGGCGGUGGAUAGUAUGAAGGAAGUUCGUGAGAUGAUCCUCAUGUGUGACAAGUUGGUCGACGAGGGGAAUUGGGAUGAAGCUAUAGGAUUGAUCUCUGUUCUUGAGGAUUUCCGCGCUCAGGCCGUAGUCGGUUACAUUCCUUCUCCAAAUUUGAACGGUGUCUCUUUGACAGGCGGCCCAUCAAGCCCUAUCCACAAAGGCCAUCAUUUCUCACUCGGUCAAGCCUCAAUUGAUGGAUUCCCCUCCUCUUCAUCACAUCAGCUCACACCCACAUCAGAACCUUUCUUUGGUCGAUUAACUGCAGAGUCUCAGGCGCCAGAAGUAUCUCACCAAAACCGCUCACAGGAAGAAAGUACGUGUAAUUCGGCAUCUAAUUCUUAUGCCCCAUUUGGCCCCUCUUUUGUCUUGAGUUUGGCGUCGUUUUCCACCCUGCCGUCUCGCUUGGGCGACUUUAAUGCACGGAUAACGGAAUCAUUGCUAAGGUCUUUGCUCGACUUGCUGCGAGAUGAUAUUUCUUCGCGUUUCGCGUUACCCUCGCAUGGCACAGACGCCUCAUCACGAUAUUUCAGUCUUACCCAACGUUUCAUCCCCCUGUGGCAGGGGCUACUUCGUACCGGUGGUGUUAGCCAGGCCCUGACCCAGUAUCGAGAAAUGACACUCUCAGAAAUUCGCGUAUGCGUUCGUAAGGGGUUGCCCCAGAAAGCUGAUGUAGAAGACGAUGAUGACUUAGUAGACAGGUCUCCAGGGAGGAGCAUGGGUGAAAGAAGUGCAGCUCUGUCGAGGGAUCUGAAAUCAUUGUCCCACAAUGAUUUCAUGUCAUUGUCUCGGAAUCUGUAUUCCGGUCUUUUGCGAUGUUUCGAUGGCAUAGCUGAACAUGUCAAGUUGUUCGGUGCAGAAUACAAGCAUGAGACAAGGAUACCGGACAAGUACAUCACGACCAAUAAAGAAGCUUUGAGCUCGGGAUUAAUCGAUGCUGUGAUGCCAGCAGCAACCGAACUUGCUAACAUCCGGGUGUCCAAGGUGAUUCUUGUUCGUUCUGAACAACAUGGUGUACUUUCGAUGCCCGAGUUUCUCGAGCUAUUCAACGAGAGUUGGCGAUUUGUGGUUAAAUGUGAAGUCCUUGCCCGAAAAAUGAUUGUCGGUCUCCGCGGAGUCAUGGUUUCCCAGGCAAAAGCAUUUUUGAUCAAUCUCCAUGCAGCUCGAAUAUCGUCCUCUGCUUCUCUGGUCGAGAACGAGGUAUGGGCCCAAGCCGAAGUCUCUGAAGUCUCCCAACAUCACGCGAAUCUACUCGUUGACGCUGCCGUGACGAAUCCUGCCGAACUCGUCCUAUCACAUGAACCAUUGCCACGAGCCACGCCAGCGUCCGACCAUGCCCGAGGACCUUUGAAACAGCUCAUGAUCGAGGGGCGAACGUACUAUGUGGUCUCAGCGACUCUCAAAGUCAUUGAAAUGCUUUUGGACUACGUCAGGGUCGUAAUCAACUUGACUCUUCUCACAACAGACACGAUGUCGCGCACGAUUGAAUAUCUUAAAGCAUUCAAUUCACGUACGUGUCAGGUUGUACUUGGAGCCGGAGCUAUGCGGUCUGCUGGGCUGAGGAAUAUUACAGCGAAGCAUCUUGCCCUUGCCUCCCAGUCCCUAUCGAUCAUGACUGCGCUGAUCCCAUAUGUCCGUGAGGCCUUUCGGCGGCAUCUCAACUCUCAGCAAGCGGUGAUGCUAAUUGAAUUUGACAAGCUAAAGCGGGAUUACUAUGAUCACCAAAACGAGAUACAUUCGAAGCUGAUUGCCAUCAUGGGUGAUCGCUUGAAUGCACAUUGCAAAUCACUGCAGGUGAUUGACUGGGGCUCAACGGAACCGUGGCCGAAUCCCAAUCCUUACAUGGAAAUGCUGAUGAGGGAAACCCUCACCCUUCAUAAGGUUUUAAGCAAGUAUCUUGUUGAGCAGACCGUGGAAAUGAUUAUGGGCCAGGUCUUUGCGGCCAUUAACCAUCGGCUCAGUGAGGAGUAUAGCAACAUUGAACUACCCAGUCAGGAUGCAAAGGAACGAAUGUUGCAGGAUGCACGAUAUCUCCACGAAAAACUUUCUGCUUUAAAAGAUAUUGGGGUCCCGAGUGGUAUGUUGGAAACUGUCGUGAAGGAGAAGAUAGUUGCCCGCCGGUCCCCAUUUGCUCGCAAAUUUGCCAAUAGGGUUUCGUUGGCCAUGAACAACUCUGCGGUUGCCACGGACUCACCCAAGCCGCAAAAUGAACUUCCGCUACCCACUGAUGCCUCGGCAGAGAGCGUAGCUAGCGGUUUCCAGGAAUUUAAAGAUACGAUGGACGGCGACUCAGAACACACAUUAGCGCCCGCUCCCGAUGGAUUGAAUGCUGAUGGAACCCCAGAAAAUAAUGGUGCUAGUGUGGGAGGAUCCGAGGAGCAAAACCAGGCAGACAGGAAAGCUUCAAACAGCACCAUCUGAUUGCCGCCACGAUUGCGCAUGCACAAUGCCCAUCUUCUCGAUUGUAUUUUAUUUUAUUUUCAUUGUUACGGUACCUUUGGCUACGCGCGGAUUCAUUUAUAUGGGGAGUCCUG